AUGUUCCAUCAGUUGCGAAUGAAUUCCGAAGAUGAAGACAGUCAGCGUAUCGUGUGGUGUGCCAAUGAACAUACAGUGGAGCCAUGCGACUUUGUUAUGCAGGUUGUGACUUUCGGUGCUACGUGCUCACCCAGCACGGCACUUUUCGUUUUGAAUGAAAACGCAACCCGGUUUGCCAACAAGUAUACCGCCGCUGUUGACGCUAUCCGCCACAGGCACUAUGUUGAUGACAUGCUGACAAGCGUGAACACGGCGGAGCAAGCGGUCAAAUUGGCGAACGAGGUCCGAUACGUCCACGAGCAGGGCGGAUUUCAAAUGAGGAACUGGGUCUCAAAUUCACAGGCUGUGUUGAAAGGCUUAGGCGAGACCUCAAAGCAAGAAAAAUCGAUGGAAAUGAACUCCGAUCUAGCAUUGGAGAAGGUUCUCGGCAUGUGGUGGAGCACUACGACGGAUGUUUUCCGAUACAAGCUUUGCGCAGAUCGCAACAGGGAGCUUCUGACCGGAACCAAAAACCCAACCAAACGAGACAUGCUCCGUACGCUGAUGGCCAUCUACGAUCCUUUGGGCUUAAUAGCGCACUAUCUAAUGUACCUAAAGGAUCUCCUACAAGAGGUCUGGAGAGCAAAAACAGGAAGCGACGAUGAAAUCGAAGAAAAGCAGCUUGUAAAAUGGCGUACAUGGUUGCGCAUCUUGCCGGAACUCGAGUCCGUGGAAAUUCCCCGUUGUUACUAUCGGGCAGAGUCAAAUAUUGACGAAGCGAGAAUUGAGCUUCACACGUUUGUCGAUGCUAGUGAGAUUGGGUACGCAGCAGUCUCCUACUUCCGUUUCAGAACGAACGGAAACAUUCACUGUGCGCUCGUCGGAAGCAAGACCCGAGUGGCUCCUCUCAAGUUCGUCUCCAUUCCCCGCUUAGAGCUCCAAGCGGCAGUUAUCGGAGCACGGUUGGCUAACAGUAUCAUGGCGGGCCAUUCUAUAAAGAUCGAACGUCGGUAUUUUUGGACAGACGCUCGAGACGUUAUUUGCUGGCUUCAAUCAGAUCACCGGCGGUAUUCACACUUCGUAGCAUUUCGCGUGGGGGAAAUCUUGGAAGCGACGGAUAUUUCAGAGUGGAGAUGGCUGGGUACAAAAGUGAACGUGGCCGACGAUGGCACGAAAUGGAAGAAUAAACCGGAUCUUUCGUCAGCCAGUCGUGGGUUCAGUGGACCUCCGUUCUUAUGGGAACAUGAAGGCGAGUGGCCGAAAUCGUCGCUGAAUGGUAUAGAAACCGUCGAGGAAAUUUGUUCAAGCAUGUUAAACCAUACCUUAGGAAGGGUGCGCACCAUUCUACUACCGCAGAAUUUCUCUUCCUGGAAUCGUCUGCGACGUGUUACAGCCUUUGUUCAACGUUUCGUCGAUAACAUUCGGUUGAAAAAAGGUGGCCAACAGUCGAAAAUCGGACCACUGACACGAGAGGAACUGUUCGAAGCGGAGGUGCUACAUAUGAAGCGAGCGCAGGAGGAUGGCUUUGCAAACGAGCUCGUAAUCCUUGCAGUAGCAGGUCGUCGUCUCGAUAAGAAGAGUAGUCUUCUUCUUCAAUGGCACUAA